UAUUAUUUAGAAAAAUAAAUGUAAUUUUUUCUUUAUAUAAAAUCAACUAAAAAAUAUAAUGUACACUAAAUUAAAACAUUUAAAUUACUACUACUUCGAAAUGAAAUGUUUAACUUUCGUUUGAAUGCACCUAACGAGCUGACGUAUUCAUAAGCGAAAAGAGGAAAAGAUAAACGUCAACAAAGCUGACUCACACAAAACAAAGUAUACAAAUCUUAUUGAAAAGGAAUUGAAAAAGUCAGCUGACCAAAGCAGAAACAAAGUGUACAAAAUGACUCCUAAAAAUAUUGACGAUCCCGUAGACGCCAACUCCUCCUCCAAGGCAGACGAAUCUGAUCUGCAAGAGGUUGAGGAUGUGAAUGAAAGUCUCGACGAACUAACGCGUGCGCUUGAUUCUUUUGAACAACGCACCGAUGACAUUAUAGCACAGCUUAAAGUACUGCUAGAUUCCAAUCGUGAGAUACGUCAACAAAUAGCACAGGACAAAGAAAAAGAAACGAUUGCGGCUUUGGCAGCUGCAAGUAUCAGUAGCAAAGCUGAGAGUAGUAAUGCAGACGAAAGUACCAACGUCAGUAAUUAGGAUGCGCUAAAUGGGCACAUCGCAACGGAAGGUGCAUGCAAAAGUAUUAGAGGCCGUGAAAUUGUCGUUUACAUUUGCUUACUUUUGUUUCAUAUAUCUUAAAUUUAUUCGUGUUGACAACAAUUAUAGGAGUAGUACAAACUAAA